AUGGUUCGCUCAGCUUUGUUUGUGUCGCUGCUGGCGACCAUAACGGGAGCCAUCGCUCGCGGCUCUGGUCACGCAUCGAAAAUCGUCCCGGGCGCCUACAUCUUCGAAUUCGAGAAUGAUCAUGAUACUGCCGAAUUCUAUAAGCAGCUCAAUGGCGAAGGCUCGACCCGCAUGAAGUUUGACUACAAGCUGUUCAAAGGCGUCUCGGUCCAACUCAAAGAUCUUUCCAACCAUGAAGACAAAGCCCAGAAGAUGGCCCAGCUGCCUGCCGUCAAGAACAUGUGGCCGGUGACCCUGAUCCAGGCCCCCAAUCCGAAAGUCGAGUGGGUUGCCGGUACCAACUCUCUUUCCAGUAUUCAGUCUAGAGAUGUGUACCCACCCCCGACAGAUGCUGGCAACUUUCCUCCCCACAAGAUGGUCCAGAUCGACAAGCUACAGGCCAAGGGUUACACCGGCAAGGGCAUCAAGGUCGCGGUGAUUGACACAGGUAUUGAUUAUACCCACCCUGCUCUGGGUGGCUGCUAUGGCGCAGGUUGCUUGGUGUCUUUUGGUACCGACUUGGUCGGCGAUGACUACAGCGGCUUCAAUACUCCUGUGCCUGACAAUGAUCCCAAGGACUGCGCCGGCCACGGCACUCACGUUGCCGGUAUCAUUGCCGCACAGAAGAAUCAAUACGGGUUCAUUGGUGGUGCUCCUGAUGUAACUCUCGGCGCUUAUCGGGUUUUUGGCUGUGAAGGCCAGGCCGGCAACGAUGUCCUGAUCGCCGCAUACAACAAGGCCUUUGAAGACGGCGCUCAAAUCAUCACAGCUUCCAUUGGAGGUCCGUCUGGCUGGGCCGAAGAGCCAUGGGCGGUUGCUGUCACCCGAAUUGUCAACGCUGGCGUUCCAUGCACAGUCUCUGCCGGUAACGAUGGCGAUCAUGGCCUAUUCUACGCCAGCACGGCGGCCAACGGCAAAAAGGUCCUCGCUGUUGCUUCUGUUGAUAACCAGAACAUCCCAACCGUCUUUUCGCUCUCCAGCUACAAGAUUGACAACGGUGCUGACACAGAAUUCGGUUAUGUGCCUGCGUCCAAGGGAGCCGAAGGCUGGAAGGGCGUUACCAAGCCCGUCUAUGCUUUGACACUCGACACGACGAUUGCAGACGACGCAUGCUCUCCUCUCCCUGACAACACCCCUGACUUGUCAGAUUACAUUGUUCUUGUCCGCCGAGGUUCCUGCACCUUUGUCCAGAAGGCUCAAAACGUUGCUGCCAAGGGCGGCAAGUAUCUCCUCUACUAUAACACCAUUGCCGGCGCCCUGUCGGUCGAUGUCAGCUCUGUGCCUCAGAUUAUCGGCGCCGGUAUGGUCGAGGAUUCCACCGGAGCGACUUGGAUUGCCGCCAUCAAGGACGGAAAGACUGUCACUCUGUCAGUGGUUGCUCUGAAUGAAGCUACUAAACAGGUUCAGUUCGCUGACAACAAGGCGACUGGCGGCGCCCUCAGCACUUACACGAGCUGGGGCCCUACCUGGGAGAUGGACGUCAAGCCUCAGAUUAGCUCUCCGGGCGGCAACAUCUUGUCUACCUAUCCCGUUGCUCUUGGUGGUUAUGCAACCCUCUCCGGCACAUCAAUGGCCUGUCCACUGACUGCUGCUGCUGUUGCUUUGGUGGCUCAAGCCCGCUCCAGCUUUGACCCUGUCUUACUUGAGAAUCUCCUGGCUACUACUGCCAACCCCCAGCUGUUCAACGACGGCGCCAAGUUUUACGACUUCCUCGCUCCAGUUGCUCAACAAGGCGGUGGUCUCAUCCAGGCCUACGAUGCAGCCUUUGCGACCACUCUUCUCUCCCCAUCCAGCCUGUCGUUCAACGACACCGACCACUUCAUUUCAAAGCGACAAAUCACUCUGAAGAACACCGGCAAGAACAGAGUCACCUACAAGAUUGGCCAUGUUCCCACUGACACAUUCUACACUCUGGCGAACAGCAGCGGCUACGCAGCUCCCUUCCCCAACGACGCCGUUGCGUCUCACGCCUCCGUCAAGCUCAGCCAGCAGCAGGUGACUCUCCCUGCCGGAAGGUCAAUCACAAUCGAUGUCUCCCCUACACCUCCCCGAGGCGUGGAUGCCAAGCGCCUUGGCCUGUGGUCGGGCUACAUCACAGUAAACGGCACCGAUGGCUCGCAACUUUCCGUCCCAUACCAGGGCCUGACCGGCUCCCUACAGAAGCAGCAGGUUCUCUUCCCGGAGGAUUCGUGGAUUAGCAACUCCACCGACACAAACCUGAACCCUGUUGCCAACGGAACCGUAUUUACGAUUCCCGGCCCCGGCAAUGCUGGGCCCUCGGAUAUACUUCCCGCUCUCGUCGUCAGCCCAGCUCUUGGAACGCGGCUUGUUCGUGCUGAUCUCGUUCUCUUAUCAGCGCCUCCUCACGGCACCAAGAUCACGACUAAGAAGUUCUUUGAUACCACGUCCAUUGGCCAGCCCAGUGGAUCCCCUCUUCUGUGGCAGAGCCGAGGUCCCACUCCAAUCUCUUGGAGCGGCGAGCUGACUGAUAACAAGUUUGCGCCCCCUGGAACGUAUAAAGUCGUCUUUCAUGCGCUGCGCAUUUUCGGUAACGAGAAGAAGAAGGAGGACUGGUAUGUAAGCGAGUCCCCGGCAUUUACAAUCAAGUAUGCCUAG